AGCCGCAGUGAAGUGUCUAAACCCAAACUCUGAGGCUGAGGGGUCAGCUGGCUGACACUGCCUGUCACCAUGCCUGUGUGCUUCAUCAGCAGGUGUAUAAAUAUGUGUCAUGUUUCAACACAUGCAUGUCCGCAGGGACCCAGAUGGGAUUUUAAAUGCUGCAUUUCAUGUGGUAUCAUUUAGUAGGUUGGUUCACCCCUCAUUGCUUUGCCAUCUGGAGCCCUCUCAGCCUGCAAUAGGAGUGUAAGUGCUCCCGAUCUCUCUUGCCAAAGAGAAAAAAACCCAGCAGAAGUCAGCGAGCACGCCCUUCAACUCAGCUUUGAAAAGAAAAAAAAAAGAAUUCUUCUCACAUUAAACAAAGUGAUAGGCAUCAACACGUGUCAAAUGUCAAGACAAACUGCAAACAUGGCGUCAAGCUGCAACGCAUGGAGACAAACACGAGACAUCACAAGAAAAACUUCAGCUUUCAUGUUCAAGGAAGGUCAAACAAGUGGGCCUGAAUCACUUACCCUCCAUUUUUUCUUGGAUUUGUUUGUUUUUCAAAAAGGAUCUCUAAACUCCAGUCUUUGACAUGUUUUUAUUUCCUCUUGAGCGGUCCUUUUUUUUCUUUUUUUUUCCACUCUUGUGUCAUCUUCUGUUGUGCCCACCCCCCAAAUUUCCAGACUACAGUCCUAGAGUUUCUCCUCCUCAUUUGUGGAAGACGUCGGAUGAAUCCAGGCAGAGUUAGACAACGAGCCAAUGUUCCCUCCCUUUAUUGACGGGCUCCCUUUAUCACAUUUUUUUGGCAGAUUUGCAGGCAGACAGUCACGGACUGGCUUCACUUUCAACAUUACCCCUCCAUAUGUUUCUGUUUUCCACCUCAGACAUACAUUUUAAUACUGGGGAGGGGGGAGUCUGGGUGGGAGGGGGUUGUUAUUAUUUAUGUUGAGUUUCCAUGUGAAAAUAAAUAUGAAAAAAAAGAUUUUUUUUGACUGAAAGAAAAAUUAUUACCAACCAAAAUAGUGUCAAUUAAUGUAAAAAUAAUAAUAAUAAAAUAAUUCUUGUAUGAAUGAAAUGCUGGAUAAGACAAACAGACUGCAACUGUGAUGUCUGUGCAGCUUGUGGAUGAGGAAGAGGAGGGGGGGCGACUUUGAGAUGACAUUGAGGCUCUGUGGAUGCGAGUUGAGACUCUGGUUGUUGAUUUUAGACACUCGCACAAGCCGAAGUGGCUGCUGCCCGUGUGCGUUCAGCCUCCUCCUCUUCCUCAUCUUCCUCCUCCUUCCUUCCUCUUCUUCGUCCUGGUCUUCAGCACUGCUCCCCACUGGACAGCUCCUGCUCGGACACUGCAUGCUCCCCUUCAGUCUUUUCAUGGAAGUAAAACCCAUUUAUGUUGCAAGACAAACUGGGAGUUUACAACUUCGCGCACAGGAGGAUUCUGCGGAUACCUCGUUCCGAGACUUGUGGCGAGCUGCGUGCAGAUCCCACAUUCACUGUUAACGGCGACUGACGAGCCGUGUGCGCGCAGGCUUCAUCUCCAGACAUUUGGUCCAAAGGACCUCUGCCAGACCCAGAGACAUGGCGACGAACGGCACCAAAACGGACGGUCAGGUCACGGAACUCAACGAGGUGGCCACCAGCAAUGACAAGCCCAAGUCACUGGACGUCAAACCCGAGAAGCCAAAAAAGGAUUUGCCCGACAGAGAAACGUGGGGAGGAAAAUUUGACUUCCUCCUGUCUUGCGUGGGUUAUGCAAUUGGACUGGGGAACGUGUGGAGAUUUCCCUAUCUGUGUGGCAAAAACGGUGGAGGAGCCUUCUUGAUCCCCUAUUUUUUGACCCUCAUAUUUGCUGGGAUGCCCUUGUUCCUACUGGAAUGCUCCCUUGGUCAGUACACCUCCAUUGGAGGGCUCGGUGUGUGGAAACUGGCUCCUGUGUUCAAAGGUGUGGGCCUUGCAGCAGCUGUUCUGUCCUUCUGGCUCAACAUUUACUACAUUGUAAUCAUUGCUUGGGCCAUUUACUAUCUGUACAACUCAUUCACCGCAAACCUGCCGUGGAGCUCAUGUGACAACCUAUGGAACACAGAGAAGUGCUACACAAACUACAGCAUUGCAGACACCACCAACCUCACCAGUGCUGUGGUGGAGUUCUGGGAGCUCAACGUGCAUCAAAUGACUGACGGCCUAGAAAAACCAGGCCAGCUUCGAGUGCCACUGGCAAUAACGCUGGCCAUAGCCUGGGUCCUUGUGUACUUUUGUAUCUGGAAAGGCGUUAGCUGGACAGGAAAGGUCGUUUACUUCUCAGCCACCUAUCCCUACUUCAUGCUGUUCAUCCUCUUCAUCCGUGGGGUGACUCUACCUGGCGCUAGAGAGGGAAUUCUGUUUUAUAUCACCCCAGACUUUGAGAAACUGAAAGAAUCUGAGGUAUGGCUGGAUGCAGCUACACAGAUCUUUUUCUCCUAUGGAUUGGGACUGGGGUCACUUAUAGCUCUGGGCAGCUACAAUACUUUCAAUAACAACGUUUAUAGAGACUCUAUCAUUGUGUGCUGCAUCAACUCGUGCACCAGCAUGUUUGCUGGGUUUGUGAUCUUUUCCAUCGUCGGCUUCAUGUCACACGUGACAAAGAAAAACAUAGCCGACGUAGCAGCUUCAGGUCCCGGCUUGGCUUUCCUCGCUUACCCAGAGGCAGUAACCCAGUUGCCUGUGUCUCCUCUCUGGGCCAUUUUGUUCUUCUCCAUGCUGCUCAUGCUGGGGAUAGACAGCCAGUUCUGCACUGUUGAAGGCUUCAUCACUGCCCUCGUAGAUGAGUUCCCCAGAGUUCUCCGAGGCAGACGAGAGAUCUUCAUCGCUGUCGUGUGCCUGGUGUCUUAUGUGAUUGGACUCUCAAACAUCACACAGGGGGGAAUCUACGUGUUCAAACUCUUCGACUACUACUCUGCCAGCGGCAUGUGUCUGCUCUUCCUGGUCUUCUUUGAAUGCAUCUCCAUAUCCUGGUUCUAUGGUGUGAACAAAUUCUAUGAGAACAUCGAGGAGAUGAUUGGCUACAAACCCUGUGUAUGGUGGAAGUUGUGCUGGCUCGUCUUCACUCCCCUCAUCGUUGCUGGGGUGUUCCUGUUCAGCGCAGUACAAAUGGUUCCUCUCACCAUGGGGGACUAUGUGUUCCCAUCCUGGGGUCAGGGAGUAGGCUGGCUCAUGGCACUGUCCUCCAUGGUUCUCAUACCAGGGUACAUGGUUUACAUGUAUCUUGGACUCAAGGGCACCUACAAGGAGCGACUUCGAAUAAUGUUCCAGCCUCCUGCAGUCGUUAAACGACGCCAGGAAAAUGGACCCGAGCAACAAGUGGAAACCAACACCGCUACGCUGUCCAGUCCGGCCAACCAGGCUCCCGCUAACCCCACCAGCCCCACCAACCCCGCUCCCGCCAACCCCACCAGCCCGGCCAAUCCAGCUCCCAUAAACACAACGAGCCCCGUGGCGCCCGCCAACCCAGCUCCCCUACCGGCCAACCCGACUUCCGUCUCCAGCUCGGUGAAUUCCGCCACGAGCCCCACCACCACCGCCACUAACAUUAUCACCACCACUACGACUACGGCGACCCCGGCUAACCCGACCGCCACAACUGUUAGCCCAACCAGCGCCGUCCCCAACCCAGUUAGCCCAGCAGAGCCUGUGAAUCCGCCAAACCAAAAAAGCCUGACAUCUAACUUGAGCAAUGCAGAGGCCAACGUGUAGACAACAAGGAGACCCUCAUGGAGCAUGUAGACAAAGAAGAACAUUAAAAAAAAGGACAUCCAAGAUUUUAUUUGAUUCACCUACCUCCAGGGGCAAAAAUGCGAUCAAAACAUGUUUAAUUUUUCUGCAUUUGUGAGACCAAGCCAAUGAUGUCUUAUUGUUGGUUUGCUAUCUGAAAAGAGUAUCCGACUGUUAGCAGUGAUACAAGCAUAAAUCCAAUUUAAGAAAAAGAAAAAAAAAAACAAGGAAAAAAACUGUGUCAUACUGUGAGAAAAGAAAAAAAACCUUAGAGAAAUAGAUUAGAGAUUUGUUAAAUAUCUUUAUGAAUCCAGUAAAUACUGUGUGAAUAUAGUAGAUCAAGUAGUGAACAAAAUUGACAUCAUUGAAGGAGUGCAAGGGAUGGCGUCAAUUUUAUUUUGUGGAUGUUUACCAAACCUCACACAGUUGUCUCUUUUUCCAGCGUUGCUCUCUGUGAGGUGAACUACAGGCCGCAAGGCAAACGAGGAGCUCUGAGUAAGCACAAUGCCAAUAAGAAGUUCAUGUUUAGGAACUCUGGAGCAAUCCAGCAUUUGUUGCAAAAGAUUUUGUGUGUGAGAGAGACUGUUAUUUUUUUCUUCCUUUUUUCAGUAAAUAAAACUUUGAAAAAAAAGAAGAAAACUUUUAUGUAUUCAAAAGCAUUUUUAGAAUUAUUUUUAGGGGUGUUUUAUACUUGUAUGUGUUGUAACUGAGGACCAAAAUCAAUAGGCAGACAAUAGCAAAAACUAUGCCAUUUAGUAUUUGGUUGGCAAAGCACAGGGUACAAAGGAGUACAAAAAAAAAAAAAAAGAACAAGAUGAAGUCAAAUGAAGCACAGGGUUAUCAAAGUGAUUUACAAACGUUAGGGGUGUGACGAUUAAUCGAUAAAUCGAUUUCUAUUCCUGCGAUCCAACCAGAUUGAUCUGUCUGAGGCAAGUUGGUAAUCAAAUCCACUAAUACCAUCAUAAAAUCACUUCAACGUAGAAAAUAGUAUUAGGUUUAUUUUACUAUAACGUAAAAACCGUAAAAAUCGUAUCGUCAACCACAAAUCAUAAUAUAAAUCGUUGUUCAAAUGAAUCGUUACACCCCUAACAAAUGUCCAAGAUCCCUUAAUGCUGGUAGUCAGUCCUGUUUACUUUUCGCAUGCUUUCCUCAGGAACAUCAUUGAAAAAUUGCUCUCAAAUGUCUCCUGACAAACAAAGGAAAAAAAAAAGCAAACAACAGAGAAGGCCUUAAGCCAAUUAACCAAUUUCUGCAAAGUCAUAGUUUGUUUACAUGACUGGACAGAAUUACAACACUUUGUAUGCUAGCACAAAAACAAGGACCAACUCUGUGUCUGAGUCAUGUUUUUCUCUCUCUAUGUGUCAUGAUCAGUCAUAUUUUGAUCAAAAAUAUGUAUUUUUUGAAAAAAAAAUACAUAUUUAGAUGCGCAGACCGCUAAACAAACGGUCUUUAUUUUCAUGUUACUAGUUAAAAAGCACAAAACGUUUUUGUUGUUUUGUUUUUUUCCUCAGACUUUUGCCAUGGCGUGUUCGGACAAUGUUAGUUUGCUUCUACGGCAGCUACUGUGAAAGGAAUCUGGUCGAACAGAACAUGUUUACUUAGAAAAGCAAAGCAACUGAGCUAAUAUGUGACAAUGGCUACAGUUCAUGUCCUGUGAAUUUUGUAUAAAGUUACUCUACCACAGUUUUCUCUGGAAGUUUGUUGUAAAACUGUACCGUGUAAAACAUGUAACUGUGAAUGUCUGUACUACAUUGGAAGUUGUUGUCUAAAUGUUGAAAAAAUGGAGUUGCUGUUUUCUGCAAUAAUAUUUUGAUCACAGAAGCUAAAGCACAUAUAUGACAGAAAUAUAUGAAAUUAUAAUGAAAAAUAAAUAUAUUGAUGAUUAUAUUAAAAAUAGAAGCUAUGUCUAGUUAAAAAGAAAAAAAUACUGUUUUGUAUAUUUUUAACUGUCACACUGCCUAAUGUAAAACAUAAUAUAAAAAAAAGAUAUGUAUCUAAAUAGUGUCACAUGAUAAAGCACGAUUGUUAUGUUAUACAAACAGAAAGACUGAAAAAAUAAAGAGUUAUAGAAAAUAUAAAUACAACA